AUGCAGCUGACACAUGGUAGAAUUUGUGGAGUGAAGUGUCAUUCCUUCCUCGGAUCUCCCGAGCACAAAUUGAGUACUGUCUUGAUUUCCACGGCUAAUAAGUGGAGAUACGAUGUGUUCUUGAGUUUCAGAAGAGAGGACACUCGCAAGCAGUUCACCGACCACCUCUACCAUGGCCUAAGAGGUGCCGGGGUCAAUGCUUUCAGAGAUGAUAAUGAGCUUCUCAGAGGGGAAGACAUCUCAUCUACACUCAUCCAAGCAAUCCGAAGCUCUAGGAUCUCGGUGAUUGUAUUCUCAGAGAAUUACGCUAAUUCGAGAUGGUGUCUCGAGGAACUUGCUGAGAUCAUAGAUUGCAGGAAAAACACAGGACAAAAGGUUUUUCCAAUAUUUUACGGAGUUGAUCUCUCAGACGUGAGGAACCAGAGGGGCAGUUAUGCGAAGGCAUUUGUUCGACAUGAGAAGGAGGGAGCGGUUGCUGUUCCUCGGUGGAGAGAAGCUCUAACGCAGGCGGCAAGUUUGGCAGGCUGGGACUCGAAAAUUGUUGCUGAUGGGCACGAAGCAAAGAUAGUCAAGGAAAUUGUCCGCAGUAUAUGGAACGAAUUGAAGCAUAACCAUCUUCAUGACGCAGAACACCCAGUUGGACUAGCUUCUCGUUUCAAGGAUCUGAAUGAACGGAUAAGUUGCGCCUCUUAUGAUGUUCGAUUUGUUGGAAUUUGUGGGAUUGGAGGGAUUGGAAAAACGGCACUCGCUAAAGAGGCCUAUAACCAAUUUUAUCAUACUUUUGAAGGCAAAAGCUUUCUUGCAAAUGUAAGAGAGAAAAGCGGACACCCUGACGGUCUGCUUCAGUUACAAGAGCAGCUUCUUCUUGAUACUCUUGAGUUAGAGAAGAUAAAACUGGCCAACAUUCACCAGGGAAUGAAUAUCAUAAAGCAAAGACUCUGGAGCAGGAGGGUUCUUAUAGUCCUCAAUGAUCUAAACCACUUGGACCAACGAAGAACACUAGCAGGAGAUCCCAAAUGGUUUGGUUCCGGCAGUACAAUCAUUAUGACAACUCGGCAUCUAGAUUUGCUGAAGGAAGUUGGAGCGGAUCUCUCUAUGGCUCGUGGGCUGGAUGAGGAAGAGUCUCUUCAGCUUUUCAGCUGGUAUGCCUUCAGAAAUCAUCGUCCCAAGGAAGAGUAUCUUAAUCUAUCAGAAGCAAUCAUAACUUACUCGAAGGGGUUACCUUUAGCUGUCAAAGUUUUGGGCUCUUUUCUUCGUGACAGGAGUUUGGUAGAAUGGGAGCAUACUCUGGACAAAUUGAAAAGAAUCCCAGACAACGAUAUACAGGCUCAACUUAGAAUAAGCUACGAUUCACUCAGAGAUGAUACUGAGAAGGCCUUGUUCCUGGAUAUUGCUUGCUUCUUUGAUGGUUGUUGUACAGAGGAUGCCCGUUAAGGUAUUAAAUGCAUCUGGAUUAUUUGCAGAAAUCGGAAUCAUUGUCCUCAAGGAGAGGUGUCUUUUGGAAGAAAAUGCAGGGAGGCUGAUGAUGCACGACUUGGUUCGAGACAUGGGUAGAGCAAUUGCUCGCGAAGAGUCUCCUUACUAUCCUGGAAAGCGAAGCAGAUUGUGGUUUUAUGAGGACAUACUCUCCACGUUGAGGGAC